GAACUUUUAUGCAUAUAUACAGGGGAUUGAGUGGCGGCUUCGAAAGGUGUUGAAGAAGGAGAUGACGCAGAAGGGGAGCUUGUUCAAGGGCCAGCAAAAGAGGAAAACCAUACCUCCCAAUCGCCAUGGAAAGCCCCACUCCAGUCGCAAGGGCAAGAGAUAUGUGAAGUCUUCCAAGUUCACCAAGGACAUGGGUGCCGACCGGGAGUUGACCAAGUUCAUUAACCAGUGCAAUGAGAUGAAAGCUGCAACAGCUGCCCAAAAGGAAGGUGGUCAAUUUAAUAUUUUAAAGGUUGAAGCAGAGAUCAAAAAGUCUGAGGACAAGAAGCAGGAAGCUUGAAAGUAUGCAUGAGUUUCUGAGUCUAGAAAUAGUAUGAACCAAUUCUAAAAUCUUUUGGCAAGUUUUUUUUUCCAAUUAUUAUUGACAGUCGACAAUCUGUAUGCAAACAUGAACAUACUUUUUGUAUACCUCAUACCGUCAAAGUUGCUCAACCGCAUAAGUUAACUUUUAGUGGCUUAUUUUGGGUAAACCGCUGUAGUUUUGUACUGGUGCAACAGCAAUAUCCACCAUGCUUUCGAUUGGUUUC